UCUGACCCACCUGUUCAAGAAUGCCAAGAUUCACUGGAUCCUAAAGCGGUCAUUCCGGACACGAAGCCAUCGAAAUCUUCGAAAACUAAACGUAAGCGUCGGGGCAACGCAGGGAAACCAUCAGUAGUAAAUGCUGAGCAGCCCUCGCCCGUUUCUGUUACCUCCACCAAUUCACCUCCACUGAGCAUUGACUUGUCUGUGGAGUCAACCACAGACAUGCAACGAGUCACACCGGAUGAUUCCGAAUUCGAACUGGUUGAAAUUUCCGGCCACCCGACGGUAGCCGCGGCUGGUUCCGUGACCGAAUCGGAUCCAGAUGGUAGUCUGGGUGCGGACUGGAGCCUGGCCCAACCGAUUCCACAUACCGGAGAUAUGCAUGAAUUCCCCUACUUACCUGGCACCGAGAGUCAGUUCGCGAUUGUACAUUCCUCCGGUUCCGACACACAUUUAGAAUGCGGUCAACAUCCGCAUGCCCGACAUCUGCUCAAUUCUGCGUUGAAUGAUCCGGUGGAUGACAAUUCAACUCCAGUUUCGGCUCCCGGAAACUCAGCUAACCUAACUGAGACUACGACUGUUGUCGCACCGGUCAAACCAGUCGUGAAACGAUCUAAAGCCCGCAAGGCUGAUUGA